AUGCCGCAUCGCCCUUCCAGGUUCAAUCGGCGAGAUCAGGGUACCGGCGAGCAGACUCAAGAUGUUCAUGAUCAGGUUGAUAUCGAACGCGACAAUAGUUUGCGCAAGCGCCAUGUCUCUGCAUCUACGACUUCAACCAAACCCAAUUCUCCAAUCAUAAUGACCACUGAUGCCCAGGAAGGAGCAUGUCAGAUAGACGCCCCAGCAUAUAUGGACACGGUCUACGACCUCCCUUUUUCUCCAAAAUUAGCGCAGUCGUACAAUGACCUCGACCCUGAUGCAUAUAUCACUUCUGGUGCUAGCAAUCGUCCACAGGACCGUUUGCCUCUAUCGCAAAGCUUGAAGCGAUAUUCCAUCACAAAAUGCUCCUUGGGUACUAAAAGACCUAGUUUAAUGCUCUCUAGGCCUGCAAAAACCAAGAAAAGAUGUCUUCCGGUUCAUCAACUUGCUCUAGUGCGCACGCCGACUUACGAUGGCCUUGCUCCGCCGGUAGUUCAUGUAUCCAUUGCUGCUACGCAGAUUGAGCUCGCCAAGCGGUCUCAAAGAAAGUACGCCUCAAGGACUGUUACGUCACCUUUUCGAAAUCCAGACGUGUGCUCAAGCAACUUGAAGCCCACCCGCUCAGCUGCACAAGCUCAGAUUGUGAAAAGCAGGCCACUAGCACUUCAGUCGACUGCGCAUCAGGAUUUCAAAGCUGCUUCGGAUGGGUUUGUGGGAUCGGAACUCAGCAUCAACUCAGUGCGUAUGUCUGCUCGAAGGAAAGGCCCAAUAUGCAAGAAGGUUAAGAAAAGUAAAAUCAUGCGUGAACUUGUUCUACGACGACCAGCGCCUAUGACUACAUCUAUGGCUACUGUCGACACAACUGAGUCAUAUGCCGCCAAAAAUCUAGCACAAUCCUCAGGUCUUGUAGAGUCCAACGACGUCUUUGUGUCGAGGAAAUCUCAGCGCCAGACAAAGACAGGAUCGACACAGUUCCUCAAGGCAGCAGGUCACGGCGCCAAUUUGAGAGCUCAUCAGCGUUACUCUCCGCAUCAACUGGAAAAGCUCAUCAGCCACAAGCUAGCCAGUAUCAGCGCACCAGUACGGCGCUCUGAGAGCUCCGAGUCGAAAUGCUCAGUGGCACCAUGCUCUUUCUGUAAUGAAGAUGAAUGUGAUGGAGAUGAUCGGGCUACGGUCAGUACUGACAGUUUCGGCUGCUUGGAUUGA